UCUCCGCGAAAAACCCUAGCCCACCAAAAACCUUCUAGAACCUUUUCUCCCAUGGCGCUCCUCCGAGCUCUCCGGCGAGCCCUCCCGCCGCUAUCCUCCGCGGCGGCGGGGGUUCUCCUCCGGGGCGCGACGCGUCAUGCUGCUCCUCUCCCCCUUCGUCCCCCGCCUCUUCUUCGGCUGCUGGAUCCGAUCGGGCUCCGCCCAUUCUCCGCCGCCGCCGCCACCGCGUCGCAGGCGCCGUCCAUGGGGGCCGGCCUCUUCAGCGGGCUCAUGGACACCCGGUUCCCGAAGCGGCGGCCCGGGUUCAAGUCCCGGCGGAAGAGGGCCAGCCUCCGCCCCAAAGGUCCGUACUACUGGGUGAAGUGCAAGCCUGGGGAGCCUAUCCCGGCGAACCAGCCGAAUGAAGGCAGUGUGCAGGGAAGGAAGGAAAAGAAGAGGAUCAAGCAGCGCAAGGCCUUUAUCAUGGCUGAAAAAAAGAAGCGCAAAGCACAAUAUUCUGCUGCUGUUAAGAGAAAGGAAGCAGAAAGGACAGAAAGGAAGAUGGCUGCAGUGGCCAGAGAGCGGGCAUGGACUGAAAGGUUGGCUGAUCUUAAACGGAUUGAAGAAGAGAUGAAACCUGCGACGGCUUAAGUAGCUCCCUCGAAAAUGGCAAGAAAUCUAACCCGCUUCUUCUGCUGCGUUUUGUCCCUGUUAUUUUGGAUGACAUAUAUGUUCUGUGCUAUUCAUGGAUGUAAAAAUCCUUUGAUGGGACAUUAGUUGUACCGCUUCUAUCAACAGUAUUCUCAAAUUUUUGUUCCCUGUAUUGGAGUAUCUGUUCUAUGUUGUAUCUAAAAUAAAAGAUGUGAUUUUCGUUUUGUGCCAGAGGCCAGGAAUGGCCAACAUGGCAACAUCUGCAACCUACAA